GCUCGUUAUUAUUUCAGAUGAAAACAUGGAUAUGUCAGCAGCACUCAGCUAGCGCUCGACACCAGCCGACCCUUUGCAGUCCGGCGAUGAGGCCUUCAGUCUGACCCGAGGGGUAACACUAUACAUGGAAGAAUCAGAAGCAGGACAAAAAACAAGCUGUUGUGCCUCACUAACAGCCAUGGAAUGCACUCAGGUCACAUUUAUUGUAAGAGGAGCUACAUCACCUGGUGAGGUGAUUGCAGUAGUUGGCAGCUGUGAGACGCUGGGCAGCUGGUGUUAUCAGAAUGCAGUGCCCUUGCAGGCAACAGCAGAAGAUGGCACUCUAUGGAAAAAGACAGUCGCACUUCCAAAGGGUGUCGAACACAAAUAUCGCUAUUUUACGGGGUUCUUUCUGGAAUCUAAGAAUGCAGGUGGCCCAGGUCAAGUGAUAGUCAAUAAAUGGGAGACUCAUCAGCUGCCUCGAUCAGUGAGCCCAACAGAGUCAGACCAAACUAUUGACGAUGGGCAGUUUGGAGUCAGUGGUGGUGUUGAAUGUACAGAUUCCGGCUGGUUGACAUCUCAGACUGAAAUUCGCCUCCGGCUCCAUUACUCUAUUAAGCCUCCAGUGUCCAUUACUAAAAUGAAAUUUAAGAAAUCUCGAUUCAGGCUGAAGUUGACAUUGGAGGGUGUUGAGGAGGAAGAAGAUGAGGAGAGCCCUUCAUCCUGGCACAAGAUGACCACCACACUUGAGAUCAGUAUGAUCAGUGAUAGUGGCUAUAAGUCCCGACAUUCCCAGCCAGAGUGUGGCUAUUCCCUGGAACCAACAAAGUGGACUGAGUACAGCAUUCACACCAUGGACCCUGAUAACCUGGAGCUCAUCUUUGACCUCUUUGAGGAGGACUUGAGUGAGAAGGUUGUUCAGAGUGAUGUUCACCCUGGCCUUGUUGGCACUGCCUGCCUCUUAUCUUCGUCUUUCGUGGAAAGUGGCAAGGACAAUGGAGUUGUUACCCUCCCCAUCAUGAGCAGAAAUUCCAGGCAGACCAUUGGCAAAGUUAGAGUGGAUUAUCUAGUUAUCCGGCCCAUUCAGGGCUUUCAAUGUGACAUGCACCAGUCCUUCAGCAAGUACUGGCGGAAAAGGAGUGCACUGGAUGUGGGACACAGAGGAGCAGGGAGCUCACAUGCUGCCAAACAUCACAAAAUCAGGGAAAACACAAUUGCCUCAUUUCUAAGUGCCGCAAACCACGGAGCCGCAUAUGUGGAGUUUGAUGUUCAUCUGUCCAAGGACUUUGUUCCAGUCGUUUAUCAUGAUCUCACAUGCUGUAUUUCCACCAAGAAGAAAAAUGACAAGAAUUCCAUGGUGCUGUUUGAAGUUCCUGUCAAAGAUUUGACCUUUGACCAGCUUCAGCUUCUUAAGCUAGCCCACACAACAGCUAUGAAGGUGCAUGAUCACAAAGACUUAGUAGAAGAGGAGGAGGAUAUAGAUGAACAUCAGCCCUUUCCAUCACUUACUCAGAUAUUUCAGGCUGUUCCAGAAUCUGUGGGCUUUAAUAUUGAGCUGAAGUGGAUAUCCCAGUUAAAGGAUGGUUCCUGGGAUGCGAACUUAUCCACUUACUUCAACAUGAACCAGUUUCUUGACAUCAUUCUCACCUGCGUGCUUCAGAAUGCUGGAAAGAGAAGGAUCGUCUUCUCUUGUUUCGACCCCGAUGUGUGUGCAAUGGUGCGAAGGAAACAGAACAAGUACCCCAUCUUGUUCCUGACUCAGGGCGUAUCAGAUGUCUACCCAGAGCUGAUGGACAUCCGUUGUCAGACAACCCAGAUAGCCAUGAGCUUUGCUCAAAGCGAGGACAUUCUGGGUAUCAGUGCUCACACUGAGGACCUGCUGCGUAAUAUGGACUGCAUUAAGGAGGCUCAGUCCAAAGGCCUGGUAGUCUUCUGCUGGGGGGAUGACAACAAUGACCAUGAGAACAGGAGAAAACUCAGGGAACACGGCAUUAAUGGCCUCAUUUAUGACAGAAUCUGUGAUGACCAGCUCGAGCAGCCCAACAUCUUCAAAGUAGAAGAGCAAGUAUCUUUGAAGGAGGUAAUUCCUGAGGAGACUCUGAAAAGCUGUGCCUGCUCCACGUACAGUAUUCCCUGCACAUCAGUACCCUGUUCGAGUAAAACUCAAGUUGGCAGCGGCGAGUCAGACUCGGGCCUCAGUUCAUCCUGAGCUUGCAGCGUUCAGUCAACCUUUAUACAAAAUUCCAUGUUUUCUACAAAGCAGUACAAAUCACUCAACACACUCCUCAACUCUGUGUGGUUUUUAAUAUAAGCAGUAUUUUUGCCAAAACAAGCAUGAUUUAAUGGUUUAUGGGUAUGAGUAGCUGGUUUAAUUACACUGAUCAGCCAACAUUAAAAUUACCUCCCUGUUUCUACAUUCUCUUUUCCCCUCUCAACUCCACUGAUCAUAUAGGAGCACUUUGUAAUAGCACACUGUUGGCUGGAUAUUUCUGGUUUGUGAACCGGUAGUGGCACUAAGGUGUUUAAAAACACCAGCAGCACUGCUGUGUCUGAUCCACUCAUACCAGCACAACACACACUAACAUAAUCACCAUGUCAGUGUUACUGCAGUGCUGAGACCAUCACAAGACCCAACCCCCCCCCC